AUGGCUUGUUUAAACCAAAAACAUCAUCUCCUCUUCUUGGUUCUCUUCACCACUAUCUCCUCCACUCAUGUUCUCUCAGACAGUGUUGGUAUAAGCUCAAACCGUCUGUACCCUUUUGCUUGCUCUGAUUCUGAUCAAAUCCAGAGCUGCAAUUCCUACCUAUAUCACAUCUCAAAAGGCCAUCAAAUAGAGGAAAUAGCCACUUUUUACUCUGUCAAUUCAUCCAGCAUCAAGCCUAUAGUUCAUGGCACCCAACACCAACAAGACUAUCUUGUAUCUGUGCCUUGCACUUGCAAAGACAUCAAAGGCACCAAAACUUACCUCUAUGACACCAGUUACCUAGUUAAACAAGGAGACACCCUUGAGAAUGUUGUUAGUGAGUUUUACAGUGGGCAGGCAAUGAUAGUUGGAGCAGAGGAGGAGCCAUUUGCUGGUGUUGGCAAUAUGACAACUAUGCACCUUGUUUGUGGGUGUGUAGAGAAAUCUUCACGGGAGGUUGUGACAUACACUGUUCAAGACCAUGACACUUUGAUAGGAAUUGAACAACUUCUAUCUGCAUAUGAGAGUGAAAUUCAGAAUCUGAACAUAAACUUCACUCAAACCCCAAAUUUUAUAGAUGUUGGUUGGGUUUUGUUUGUGCCAAUGGAGCUGAAUGGACUUCAACCAAAAAGGCAAGGUAGUGAUUUUAUUGUACUAUUUGCAAUUCCAAUCAUUAAUGCAAAUUUUCUGAAGUUGAAGCAGUACAAAUCUAACCAAAUUUUCUUGUUCAAACCAGGAAAGAGACUCAGUUUGCCUACAGUUAUGGCCAUAGUGUCAGCUGUUGGUUUUCUAUUUGUGGCCACAUUCAUAAUAUUCCUUCUCAUCAGAUACAGAAAAGGAAAGAACAGAGAAGAAGAUCAAAAAUCUGUUGUAAACCCAAGUGCCAAGAAAGGUUUCUCACUGAAGCAACAGUUCUUCAAAAGGCAAAUGGAAGAAACUUUUGAGAAUGAAAGACCAGUUAUAUAUAGCAUGGAGCAAAUUGAGAUGGCUACAAGUAACUUUGAUGAAACCAGGAAGAUUGGGGAGGGUGGAUAUGGCAGCGUUUACUUGGGAAUAUUAGGAGAACUGGAAGUUGCAAUUAAGAAGAUGAGAUCUAGCAGAACAAAGGAGUUCUUUGCUGAGCUCAAGGUUUUAUGCAAGAUACAUCACAACAAUGUGGUGGAGCUGCUGGGAUAUGCUAGUGGAAGUGACCAUCUAUGUUUGGUUUAUGAGUUUCUACAUAAUGGCUCCCUCAAUGACCAUCUUCAUGACCCAUUGCUGAAAGGAAACCAACCUCUUUCAUGGACAGCAAGAGCACAAAUAGCACUGGAUACAGCAAGAGGAAUUGAAUACAUUCAUGACCACACGAAGGCGCGCUAUGUGCACCGGGAUAUAAAAACCAGUAACAUUCUACUUGAUCAAGGACUCAGAGCAAAGGUUGCAGAUUUUGGCCUAGCAAGGUUAGUAGAACGGUCAAGGGAAGAAGAUAUGGUAGCGACACGAGUGGUUGGAACACCUGGUUACAUUCCUCCAGAAUCUGUUCGUGAGCUACAAAUGACAUCGAAAACUGAUGUUUAUGCAUUCGGAGUGGUGGUAGCAGAGCUAAUAACGGGUCAGCGUGCGAUUGUUCGUGAAAACAGAGAACCAAAAAGAAUGAAGUCACUCAGUUCAGUUCUAUGCGCGGUGUUCCAAGAAAAAGAUCCAGAAGCUGCAUUGGAAGCUAGAGUAGAUGGUAACAUGAAAGGAAGCUACCCUAUCGAAGAAGUGUACAAGAUGGCAGAAAUAGCAAGGCGGUGUGUGAGUGAAGAUCCAGUAGAUAGGCCAGAGAUGAGAGACAUUGUCCAAACGCUCUCCCAAAUAUUGGUGUGCUCAAUAGAAUGGGAAUCAUCACUUGGAGGGAAGAGCCAAGUCUUCAGUGGGUUAAUUAUGAGUGGAAGAUAA